AUGACACACCUUUAUUUCCUCUCUUUCUACCUGAUUUGGCUGCUCUUCCCUUUACUUGACUGCUCUCCUUUUGAUAUCCCUCUUCUGGCGAAGCCCUCUGUCAAGAAACUUGAUGAAAUAUAUGGCGACGAUCUCAAGACUCCUCUCUUAAAAGAUUCUUCCACAGCUUUCCAAGUGGAUCGGCAGAAGCCAAACCGAGGAAAUGUCAAGUCAAUCCUUAAAUUCACCAAAGGAGGCAUCACAAAUCUUGUCAAGACACGAACCCGAACCCGAAUUCCUCAGAGUCAAGUUUUACUUAGCUGGGACGCAUCCUAUGCUAUUGCUCAAAAGGCUGAUAAACCAUCCGAGGUUUCUGAAGUACAAGCCAUGGUCAAAACCAUCCUGGACUUGGGCCCUCAAUGUAAUGCAGUUGAUAUCAACAAGUUGAUAUCUAGAAUCAAUCUUCAUUCUCUCUCUCUUGAAGAUGAUUCUUUACGUCCAGCGGAGAGGCUUUGGUUUGUUGGGGUACUCUCAUUUCUAAGAUCGCGACUUCCGGAGGAGGAUCAAAAAGCUGCACACUCUGCAAUUCCUGAUCGCUGGACAGCUGCUGACUUGGGUAGGCCUCGGGAACAAUUUCUGCGAUUUUUCUUGAAAGGAACACACUUGAGAAUGGCAGUUCAGGAUAUGUGGUCAGAAGUUCCUUCCAAGCUAGAGACAUCCGAGUAUGUCAUUCAGGAGGCAAUGCAAAGGGAAUCAAUUGUGCAUCUUAUCCGAAAACAGAUUCGCAUGGCCAAUGCCGCCAAUCGACCAUCAGCAGAAUUUCAACGACUUUAUCUCGCGUUCAUCAACUUGGAUACUCCCAUAGAGUCUAAUAAAGCUUUUGAUUUGGUUGCAUCGAUUAUGAAACAUUUGGAUCAACCGAAACCCACAGAGAAGGAUGGCUUCGAUGAGGAAUCAAACACUGUCCGAUUGCUAUUACAUCUUGAAGAAUAUCAUGAACAGAGCUAUCGACAGUUGCACUCAUGGUUCAAAUUGCGAAAUUUUGAAGAAAAGAUAUUUGAGAGUGACGUGCGCUUUCAACUUGCAGACGAGACGCUGGCUCCGCGGUUCAAACGUCUCCUGAAAGGAUUUGAAAACCCAAAAACUAUCAAUGAGCCUCAAAUCAUCAACGUCCUCGAAACCUUGAAACAUGAGCAAAUAUCAGAUCCUCAAGUUGGAAGAUUGUUUAGAGCACUCGACUUCGUAUUCAACAGCUACGAGAGGGGGAAUCACUUUCGUCUCCUAUUAGAUGAAUACCCCCAAAUCGUACCAAGGCUCUUUGAGAUGUUAUCGAAGCGUCGUUAUGGUCGACUCAACCCGCGUUGGUUUCUGCAUGAUACUCUAGAGCAUCUGAUAUAUAUGGCUAACGAAGAUCGCAUAGCCAAAGAAUAUAGAAAUGAACUCGCAAACCAUUUGGUAUCAAGAGGCGUGCUUUCAAAGGACGAGAUUGUUCAAGACUCCGAACAUCUGCCUCGAGCGGACAAAGACCCCAUCCUUACGAGUAUGCUGUUUGGAAUAUUCAAGCAGGUUUCGGGAUUGAACAAAUUCAUGCGCAAUGAUAAGGACACCAACUCCAUACUUGUAGAAUACAUCCUUCACCUGAUGAUAUUCAAAAUCGAUCGAAAUGGCCUAUCCCGUCUAGUUCUGUCCUAUAAGAACGACCCAGAAAGGGUUCCCGAUUAUCACACUGAGAACUUCAUUCUGCUUUACAAAGAAAUAGCUCAAUUUCUUAUAACAAAGUCUUGGGAUGUUGAUGACGCAUUUAAUAAGUUCGCACCAGAACUUCAAAAACUUCAAACGCGGUUACGGACUUAUGCAUCGAUGCUAUGA